CUCCCGGGAGGCGGUGCUGGGCCGGUGGCAAUCCCCGGGAGGGAGUCGCAGGAGUACGACGGAAGAUGGCGACGAGCGGCGGCGACGAGGCGGCGGCAGCAGCGCCGGCGCCCGGGGACCCGGCAACGGGGUUGGACACGACCCCGGGCUGGGAGGUGGCUGUGCGGCCCCUGCUGUCCGCGUCCUAUUCCGCCUUCGAGAUGAAAGAGUUGCCGCAGCUGGUGGCCUCAGUCAUCGAGAGCGAGUCGGAAAUCCUCCACCACGAGAAGCAGUACGAGCCGUUCUACUCGUCCUUCGUCGCCCUGUCCACGCACUACAUCACCACGGUGUGCGGCCUCAUCCCGCGGAACCAGCUUCAGUCGGUGGCAGCAGCCUGUAAAGUCCUGAUUGAGUUUUCGCUCCUGCGUCUGGAGAAUCCGGAUGAGGCUUGUGCUGUGUCCCAGAAACACUUGAUCCUUCUCAUCAAGGGCCUGUGCACUGGCUGUAGCCGCCUAGACAGAACUGAAAUUAUCACGUUUACGGCAAUGAUGAAAUCGGCCAAACUGCCGCAGACGGUGAAGACGCUGUCAGAUGUGGAAGAUCAGAAGGAGCUGGCCUCGCCAGUGAGCCCAGAGCUGAGGCAGAAGGAGGUCCAGAUGAAUUUUCUGAACCAGCUGACGUCAGUUUUCAACCCUAGAACUAUAGCAUCACCAUCCUUAGGCCCGCAGACGCCGGCGGAAGGGGAAAGCGAGGAGCAGUCAUCCACAGACCAAACCUCUGCUGUCAAAACCAAGAACGUGUUCAUAGCUCAGAACGUGGCUAGUCUUCAAGAGCUUGGUGGCUCAGAGAAGCUACUGCGUGUAUGUCUGAACCUGCCAUAUUUCCUACGCUACAUCAAUCGGUUUCAGGACGCCGUGUUGGCCAAUUCCUUCUUCAUUAUGCCUGCGACAGUAGCAGAUGCCACUGCUGUUCGUAAUGGUUUCCAUUCACUAGUGAUCGAUGUGACCAUGGCAUUGGAUACCCUUUCUCUACCCGUGCUGGAACCUCUCAAUCCUUCUCGUCUGCAAGACGUGACAGUCCUCAGCCUGAGUUGUCUGUAUGCAGGCGUGAGUGUGGCGACCUGCAUGGCCAUCCUUCACGUGGGCUGUGCUCAGCAAGUGCGGACGGGGUCCGCGAGCUCCAAAGAGGACGACUAUGAGAGUGAUGCAGCUACAAUCGUCCAGAAAUGCCUUGAAAUCUAUGAUAUGAUUGGACAAGCAAUCUGCAGUUCCCGCCGGGCUGGUGGUGAGCGCUAUCAGAACUUCCAGUUGCUGGGUGCCUGGUGCUUGUUAAACAGCCUGUUCCUCAUACUGAACCUCAGUCCUACUGCCUUGGCUGAUAAGGGGAAAGAGAAAGACCCACUGGCCGCACUCCGAGUCAGAGACAUCCUUUCUCGUACGAAGGAGGGCGUGGGCUCUCCUAAACUGGGGCCUGGCAAAGGGCAUCAGGGCUUCGGGGUGCUCUCAGUCAUACUGGCAAACCACGCUGUCAAGCUGUUAACAUCCCUCUUCCAAGACCUGCAGGUGGAGGCCCUGCACAAGGGUUGGGAGACAGAUGGUCCCCCUGCGGCCCUGAGCAUUAUGGCCCAGAGCACCUCCACACAGAGGGUUCAGCGGCUGGUCGACUCUGUCCCGCUGACGAACUUGUUGCUGACAUUGCUCUCAACUUCCUACAGGAAGGCCUGCGUCCUGCAGCGGCAGAGGAAGGGCUCCAUGAGCAGUGACGCCAGCGCCUCCACCGACUCCAACACCUACUACGAGGACGAUUUCAGCAGCACGGAGGAGGACAGCAGCCAAGAUGAUGACAGUGAGCCCAUUUUGGGGCAGUGGUUUGAAGAGACCAUUUCCCCCAGUAAAGAGAAAGUGGCCCCUCCGCCUCCGCCCCCGCCCCCUCCACUGGAGAGCUCUCCUAGAGUUAAAAGCCCCAGCAAGCAGGCCCCUGGAGAGAAGGGCAACAUUCUGGCCAGCCGCAAAGAUCCCGAGUUGUUCUUAGGUCUCGCGUCCAACAUUCUGAACUUCAUCACCUCUUCCAUGCUGAACUCUCGGAACAAUUUUAUCAGAAACUACCUGAGUGUAUCUCUCUCAGAACACCAUAUGGCUACCCUGGCCAGCAUCAUUAAGGAGGUGGACAAAGAUGGACUCAAGGGUUCAUCAGAUGAAGAGUUUGCUGCUGCGCUCUAUCAUUUCAACCACUCUCUGGUCACUUCUGACCUUCAGUCACCUAACCUGCAGAACACACUGCUGCAGCAGCUGGGAGUCGCUCCCUUUUCCGAGGGCCCGUGGCCCCUGUACAUCCACCCUCAAAGCCUCUCUGUACUUUCACGCCUCCUGCUCAUCUGGCAACAUAAAGCUUGUGCUCAAGGUGACCCUGAUGUCCCCGAAUGCCUGAAAGUUUGGGACAGGUUUUUGUUGACCAUGAAGCAGAAUGCCCUGCAGGGCGUGGUGCCCGCUGAGACAGAGGACUUGAACGUGGAGCACCUGCAGCUGCUGCUCCUGGUUUUCCACAACUUCACCGAGCAGGGCCGGCAGGCCAUUCUGACUCACGUCGUGCAGAUCAUCCAGGAGCUGAGCGCCAGCAUGGACGUGCAGACGCGCUCCGUGCCGCUCGUCCUGGCUCGCCUUCUGUUGAUCUUGGAUUACCUGCUCCACCAGUACUCCAGAGCCCCCAUGUAUCUGUUCGAGCAGGUGCAGCAUAACCUGCUCAGUCCUCCUUUUGGGUGGGCAAGUGGAUCCCACGAUAGCAGCAGCCGCCGGACGACCAGCCCCCUCUAUCACGGAUUCAAAGAAGUAGAGGAAAACUGGUCCAAGCAUUUUUCUUCAGACACUGUGCCGCAGCCCAGAUUCUACUGCGUCCUGUCCCCAGAAGCCUCCGAGGACGAUCUGAACCGACUCGAUUCUGUGGCGUGUGAUGUUCUCUUCUCCAAGCUUGUCAAGUAUGACGAUCUUUAUACUGCCCUGACAUCCCUGCUCGCAGCGGGGUCCCAGCUGGAUACAGUCAGGAGAAAGGAGAACAAGAGCGUAACGGCUCUGGAGGCCUGCGCCCUUCAAUAUUACUUCUUGAUACUGUGGAGGAUCCUAGGGGUUUUGCCACCAUCAAAGACUUACAUGAACCAGCUGGCCAUGAACUCGCCCGAGAUGAGUGAAUGUGACAUCCUGCACACUCUGCGGUGGUCUUCUCGCCUCCGGAUCAGCUCCUAUGUCAACUGGAUAAAGGAUCACCUUAUCAAACAGGGGAUGAAGACCGAGCAUGCUGGCUCUCUCCUAGAGCUGGCGUCCAGCAAGUGCAGCUCAGUGAAGUACGAUGUCGAAAUUGUGGAGGAAUACUUUGCGCGACAGAUCUCGUCGUUCUGUAGCAUCGACUGCACCACCAUCCUGCAGCUCCACGAAAUCCCCAGUCUCCAGUCCAUCUACACCCUGGACGCCGCCAUCUCGAAGGUCCAGGUCUCCCUGGAUGAGCACUUUUCUAAGAUGGCUGCCGAGACGGAGCCGCAUAAGUCACCCGAGAUCACCAAGAACCUGCUUCCGGCCACGCUGCAGCUCAUUGACACCUAUGCGUCGUUCACCAGAGCCUAUUUGCUACAGAACUUUAAUGAAGAGGGAUCCACUGAAAAACCUUCCCAGGAGAAAUUGCAGGGCUUUGCUGCUGUUCUGGCAAUUGGCUCUAGUAGGUGCAAAGCCAACACUCUGGGUCCAACACUGGUUCCGAACUUACCGUCGUCGGUGCAGGGUGUGUGCGAGUCCUGGAACAACGUCAGCACCAACGAGUUCCCCAACAUUGGGUCCUGGCGAAAUGCCUUUGCCAAUGACACCAUCCCUUCGGAGAGUUACAUCAGUGCCGUGCAGGCUGCUCACCUGGGGACUCUGUGUGGCCAAAGUCUGCCCCUGGCUGCCUCCCUGAAGCACACCCUCCUCUCGCUGGUCAGACUGACCGGAGACCUCAUCGUCUGGUCCGAUGAGAUGAACCCACCGCAGGUCAUUCGGACCCUGCUCCCCCUUCUGCUGGAGUCGAGCACCGAGAGCGUGGCCGAGAUCAGCAGCAACUCCCUGGAGCGCAUCCUGGGCCCGGCGGAGUCUGAUGAGUUCCUGGCUCGUGUGUAUGAGAAGCUGAUCACCGGCUGUUACAACAUCCUGGCCAAUCACGCAGAUCCCAAUAGCGGACUGGAUGAAUCCAUCUUGGAGGAGUGUCUCCAGUAUCUGGAGAAGCAGCUGGAAAGCAGCCAGGCUCGUAAAGCCAUGGAGGAGUUUUUCUCUGACAGUGGAGAACUCGUGCAGAUCAUGAUGGCAACAGCCAAUGAGAACCUCUCUGCCAAGUUCUGUAACCGGGUUUUGAAAUUCUUCACCAAACUCUUCCAGCUGACCGAGAAGAGCCCUAACCCGAGCCUCCUUCAUCUCUGCGGCUCUCUGGCGCAGCUGGCCUGUGUGGAGCCGGUGCGUCUCCAAGCCUGGCUCACCCGCAUGACCACGGCGCCCCCCAAAGAUUCUGAUCAGCUGGAUAUAAUUCAGGAGAACCGGCAGCUGCUGCAGUUACUGACCACUUACAUCGUCCGGGAAAACAGCCAAGUUGGAGAAGGUGUGUGUGCCGUGCUUCUGGGUACCCUAAUCCCCAUGGCAACAGAGAUGCUGGCCAACGGUGAUGGAACUGGUUUUCCUGAACUCAUGGUUGUGAUGGCCACCCUGGCCAGUGCAGGUCAAGGUGCUGGCCAUCUUCAGCUUCAUAAUGCUGCCGUGGACUGGCUAAGUAGAUGCAAGAAGUACCUGUCACAGAAGAAUGUUGUUGAAAAACUGAAUGCCAACGUAAUGCAUGGAAAGCACGUGGUGGUGCUGGAGUGCACGUGCCACAUUAUGUCCUACUUGGCCGACGUCACCAAUGCGCUGAGCCAGAGUAAUGGCCAGGGCCCAAGUCACCUCUCGGUGGAUGGGGAAGAGCGGGCCAUCGAGGUGGACUCAGACUGGGUGGAGGAGCUGGCUGUGGAAGAGGAAGACUCCCAGGCAGAGGAUUCAGAUGAAGAUUCUCUUUGCAAUAAACUUUGCACUUUCACCAUCACUCAGAAGGAAUUCAUGAACCAGCACUGGUACCACUGCCACACCUGCAAGAUGGUUGAUGGGGUGGGUGUGUGCACAGUGUGUGCCAAGGUGUGCCACAAGGAUCACGAGAUUUCCUAUGCCAAGUACGGAUCCUUCUUUUGUGACUGUGGAGCCAAGGAAGAUGGCAGCUGUUUGGCGCUGGUCAAGCGAACGCCUAGCAGCGGCAUGAGCGCCACCAUGAAGGAGUCAGCGUUUCAGAGUGAGCCCAGGGUGUCGGAGAGUCUGGUGCGCCAUACCAGCACGUCCCCCGCUGACAAGGCCAAAGUCACCAUCAGCGAUGGCAAGGGUGCUGACGAGGAGAAGCCCAAGAAGAGCAGCCUGUGCCGCACAGUGGAGGGCUGCCGGGAGGAGCUGCAGAACCAGGCCAAUUUCUCCUUCGCUCCUCUCGUGUUAGACAUGCUCAGUUUCCUCAUGGACGCCAUUCAGACCAACUUUCAGCAGGCUUCCGCCGUGGGGAGCAGCAGCCGGGCGCAGCAAGCCCUGCGCGAACUACACACGGUGGACAAGGCAGUCGAGAUGACAGACCAGCUCAUGGUUCCCACCUUAGGCUCCCAGGAGGGUGCCUUUGAGAAUGUCCGGAUGAACUACAGCGGAGACCAGGGCCAGACCAUCCGACAGCUCAUCAGCGCCCACGUGCUCAGGCGGGUGGCUAUGUGUGUGCUGUCCUCCCCCCACGGGCGCCGCCAGCACCUGGCUGUCAGCCACGAGAAAGGCAAGAUCACUGUUCUGCAGCUUUCUGCACUCCUGAAGCAGGCAGAUUCCAGCAAGAGGAAGUUGACUCUGACCCGCCUGGCGUCUGCUCCAGUCCCCUUCACUGUGUUGAGCCUCACUGGGAAUCCGUGCAAGGAAGACUACCUGGCUGUGUGCGGGCUGAAGGACUGCCAUGUGCUGACCUUCAGUAGCUCAGGCUCUGUUUCGGAUCACUUGGUGCUGCACCCCCAGCUGGCAACGGGGAACUUCAUCAUCAAAGCCGUGUGGUUGCCUGGUUCACAGACCGAGUUAGCUAUUGUCACCGCAGACUUCGUCAAGAUUUAUGACCUGUCUGUUGAUGCCUUGAGUCCAACUUUCUACUUUCUCCUGCCAAGCUCAAAGAUACGAGAUGUUACCUUCCUCUUCAACGAGGAGGGAAAAAACAUCAUUGUUAUAAUGUCUUCAGCCGGCUACAUCUAUACUCAGCUCAUGGAGGAGGCCAGCAGCGCCCAGCAGGGACCCUUCUAUGUUACUAAUGUUCUGGAAGUCAACCACGAGGACCUGAAGGACACUAACAGCCAGGUGGCAGGUGGCGGCGUGUCUGUCUACUACUCCCACGUGUUGCAGAUGCUGUUCUUCAGCUACUGUCAAGGCAGAUCGUUCGCAGCCACCAUCAGCAGGACGACCCUGGAGGUGCUGCAGCUCUUCUCCAUCAACAUCAAGAGUUCCAAUGGUGGCAGUAAGACGUCUCCUGCCCUCUGCCAGUGGUCCGAGGUGAUGAACCACCCUGGCUUGGUGUGUUGUGUCCAGCAAACAACAGGUGUGCCACUGGUAGUUAUGGUGAAACCAGACACUUUUCUCAUUCAAGAGAUAAAGACUCUUCCUGCCAAAGCAAAGAUCCAGGACAUGGUGGCCAUCCGGCACACAGCCUGCAACGAGCAGCAGCGGACGACGAUGAUCCUGCUGUGCGAGGACGGCAGCCUGCGCAUUUACAUGGCCAACGUGGAGAACACCUCCUACUGGCUCCAGCCGUCCCUGCAGCCCAGCAGCGUCAUCAGCAUAAUGAAGCCGGUCCGGAAGCGCAAAGCAGCCACCAUCACGACGCGCACGUCCAGCCAGGUGACCUUCCCCAUUGACUUCUUUGAGCACAACCAGCAGCUAACGGAUGUGGAGUUUGGCGGUAAUGACCUCCUGCAGGUCUACAAUGCACAACAGAUAAAGCACCGGCUGAAUUCCACUGGCAUGUAUGUGGCCAAUACCAAGCCCGGUGGCUUCACCAUUGAGAUCAGUAACAACAACAGCACGAUGGUGAUGACAGGCAUGCGGAUCCAGAUCGGGACCCAGGCGAUUGAACGGGCUCCGUCGUAUAUUGAGAUCUUCGGCAGAACUAUGCAGCUUAACCUGAGUCGCUCACGCUGGUUCGACUUCCCCUUCACCAGAGAAGAAGCCUUGCAGGCCGAUAAGAAACUGAACCUCUUCAUUGGGGCCUCCGUGGAUCCGGCAGGAGUCACCAUGAUCGACGCUGUGAAAAUCUAUGGCAAGACGAAGGAGCAGUUCGGCUGGCCUGAUGAGCCCCCGGAAGAGUUCCCGCCUGCCGCCGUCAGCAGCAUCUGCCCUUCAAACCUGAACCAGAGCAAUGGCACUGGAGAGAGUGACCCGGCCGCCCCCACUACGACCAGCGGCACUGUCCUGGAGAGUUCUGAAACUGAGUCCCUAACCAAGCUGGACCGGCUGGUUGUCAGUUCUUUAGAAGCCUUGGAAAGCUGCUUUGCUGUUGGCCCAAUCAUCGAAAAGGAGAAAAACAAGAAUGCAGCUCAGGAGCUGGCCACCUUGCUGCUGUCCCUGCCGGCCCCUCCCAGUGUCCAGCAGCAGUCCAAGAGCCUCCUGGCCAGCCUGCACACCAGCCGCUCGGCCUAUCACAGCCACAAGGACCAGGCCUUGUUGAGCAAAGCUGUGCAGUGUCUCAACACCUCCAGCAAAGAAGGCAAGGAUUUGGACCCCGAGGUCUUCCAGAGGCUGGUGAUCACAGCUCGCUCCAUCGCCAUCAUGCGCCCUAACAACCUCGUCCACUUCACGGAGUCAAAGCUGCCCCAGAUGGAAACAGAAGGAGUGGAGGAGGGGCGAGAGCCUCAGAAGCAGGUGGACGGGGAUUGCUGCAGUUUCAUCACCCAGCUGGUGAACCACUUCUGGAAACUCCAUGCCUCCAAACCCAAGAACGCCUUCUUGGCGCCUGCCUGCCUGCCAGGCCUGACUCACAUCGAAGCCACUGUCAAUGCGCUGGUGGACAUCGUCCACGGCUACUGCACGUGUGAGCUGGACUGCAUCAGCACGGCGUCCGGGAUCUACAUGCAGAUGCUGCUGUGCCCCGACCCUGCGGUGAGCUUCUCCUGUAAACAAGCUCUGAUUCGAGUCCUGAGGCCCAGGAACAAGCGGAGACAUGUGACACUGCCAUCCUCCCCUCGAAGCAACACUCCGAUGGGAGACAAGGAUGAUGAUGACGAUGAUGAUGCAGAUGAGAAAAUGCAGUCAUCAGGGAUCCCGAAUGGUGGCCACAUCCGGCAGGAAAGCCAGGAACAGAGCGAGGUGGACCAUGGAGAUUUUGAGAUGGUGGUGAGUCUGGAGCUGGAGAGGGGCGUAGGGGCCUCUAACUUUCCUCUAGCUCUUAUUCAGUGGACUUCCAAAAGCAACCAUGAGCCAUGGGCCGCUGACCGCGCGUCCUCUCUGCAGUCCGAGUCGAUGGUCCUGGAGACUGCUGAGAAUGUCAACAAUGGCAACCCCUCGCCCCUGGAGGCCCUGCUGGCCGGUGCAGAGGGCUUCCCCCCUAUGCUGGACAUUCCGCCUGACGCCGAUGACGAGACCAUGGUCGAACUGGCCAUCGCCCUGAGCCUGCAGCAGGACCAGCAAGGCAGCAGCAGCAGUGCUCUGGGCCUGCAGAGUCUGGGGCUGUCGGGCCAGGCACCCAGCUCUUCCUCACUGGAUGCAGGAACCCUCUCUGACACCACAGCAUCAGCUCCAGCCUCGGACGACGAGGGCAGCACGGCAGCGACUGAUGGCUCCACCCUUCGGACCUCUCCCGCUGACCACGGUGGGAGUGUGGGCUCAGAGAGCGGGGGCAGUGCCGUGGACUCAGUGGCUGGCGAGCACAGUGUGUCUGGCCGGAGCAGUGCUUACGGUGAUGCCACAGCGGAGGGGCAUCCAGCGGGACCUGGGAGUGUCAGCUCGAGCACGGGCGCCAUCAGCACCACCACCGGGCACCAGGAGGGAGAGGGCUCCGAGGGAGAAGGGGAAGGGGACGGAGAAGGAGAUGUGCACACCAGCAACAGGCUGCACAUGGUCCGUCUGAUGCUGCUGGAGAGACUACUGCAGACCUUGCCCCAGUUACGCAAUGUCGGAGGUGUCCGGGCCAUCCCGUACAUGCAGGUCAUUCUGAUGCUCACGGCAGACCUGGAUGGGGAAGAUGAGAAGGACAAGGGGGCCCUAGACAACCUGCUCUCCCAGCUCAUUGCUGAACUGGGCAUGGACAAAAAGGACGUCUCCAAGAAGAAUGAGCGCAGUGCCCUGAAUGAGGUCCAUCUGGUGGUGAUGAGACUCCUGAGUGUCUUCAUGUCCCGGACCAAGUCCGGGUCCAAGUCUUCCAUAUGUGAGUCCUCGUCCCUCAUCUCCAGUGCCACGGCAGCGGCCCUGCUGAGCUCUGGGGCCGUGGACUACUGCCUGCACGUGCUCAAGUCCCUGCUGGAGUACUGGAAGAGCCAACAGAACGAUGAGGAGCCCGUGGCUGCCAGCCAGUUGCUGAAACCACAUACUACUUCCUCCCCACCCGACAUGAGCCCGUUCUUCCUCCGCCAGUAUGUGAAGGGUCAUGCUGCUGAUGUGUUUGAGGCCUACACGCAGCUUCUAACAGAGAUGGUGCUGAGGCUCCCCUACCAAAUCAAAAAGAUCGCCGACACCAGUUCUCGGAUCCCGCCUCCUGUCUUUGACCAUUCGUGGUUUUACUUCCUCUCAGAGUACCUGAUGAUCCAGCAGACACCAUUCGUGCGCCGGCAAGUCCGCAAACUCCUGCUCUUCAUCUGUGGGUCCAAGGACAAAUACCGCCAGCUCCGGGAUUUGCACACCCUGGACUCCCACGUGCGUGGAAUCAAGAAGCUGCUGGAGGAACAGGGGAUAUUCCUCCGGGCAAGUGUGGUGACAGCCAGCUCAGGCUCCGCCUUGCAGUAUGACACACUCAUCAGCCUGAUGGAGCACCUGAAAGCUUGUGCAGAGAUCGCUGCCCAGCGAACCAUCAACUGGCAGAAAUUCUGCAUCAAAGACGACUCUGUCCUGUACUUCCUCCUCCAAGUCAGCUUCCUGGUGGAUGAGGGUGUGUCUCCGGUGCUGCUGCAGCUGCUCUCCUGUGCGCUGUGUGGCAGCAAAGUGCUCGCCGCCCUGGCUGCUUCGGCGGGGUCCUCCGGUGCAGCUUCCUCCUCGGCCCCUGCCGCUGCCAGCUCUGGACAAGCCACGACACAGUCCAAGUCGUCCACUAAAAAGAGCAAGAAAGAAGAAAAGGAGAAGGAGAAGGAGGGCGAGAGCUCAGGCAGCCAGGAGGACCAGCUGUGCACAGCUCUGGUGAACCAGCUGAACAAAUUUGCAGAUAAGGAGACUUUGGUCCAGUUUCUGCGUUGCUUCCUAUUAGAGUCCAACUCUUCCUCAGUGCGCUGGCAGGCCCACUGCCUGACACUGCACAUCUACAGAAACUCCAGCAAAUCCCAACAGGAGCUCCUGCUGGAUCUGAUGUGGUCCAUAUGGCCGGAACUGCCGGCCUACGGUCGGAAGGCUGCCCAGUUCGUGGACCUACUCGGCUAUUUCUCCUUGAAAACGCCACAGACAGAGAAGAAGUUGAAGGAAUAUUCACAGAAGGCAGUGGAGAUUCUGCGGACUCAAAACCACAUUCUUACCAACCAUCCCAACUCCAACAUUUACAACACCUUGUCUGGCUUAGUGGAGUUUGAUGGCUAUUACCUGGAGAGUGACCCCUGCCUGGUGUGUAAUAAUCCAGAAGUGCCGUUUUGUUAUAUCAAGCUGUCUUCCAUUAAAGUGGAUACGCGGUACACCACCACCCAGCAGGUCGUGAAGCUCAUUGGCAGCCACACCAUCAGCAAGGUGACGGUGAAAAUCGGAGACCUGAAGCGGACCAAGAUGGUGCGAACGAUCAACCUCUAUUACAACAACCGAACCGUGCAGGCCAUCGUGGAGCUGAAAAACAAGCCGGCUCGCUGGCACAAAGCCAAGAAGGUGCAGCUGACCCCUGGGCAGACGGAAGUGAAGAUCGACCUGCCCUUGCCCAUCGUCGCCUCCAACCUGAUGAUCGAGUUUGCCGACUUCUACGAAAACUACCAGGCCUCCACAGAGACCCUGCAGUGCCCGCGCUGCAGUGCCUCGGUCCCUGCCAACCCCGGGGUCUGUGGCAACUGUGGAGAGAAUGUCUACCAGUGUCACAAAUGCAGAUCCAUCAAUUACGAUGAAAAGGACCCCUUCCUCUGCAAUGCCUGUGGCUUCUGUAAAUACGCGCGUUUCGACUUCAUGCUCUAUGCCAAGCCUUGCUGUGCGGUGGAUCCUAUCGAGAACGAAGAAGACCGGAAGAAGGCUGUUUCCAACAUCAAUACUCUUCUGGACAAAGCGGAUCGGGUGUAUCAUCAGCUGAUGGGACAUCGGCCACAGCUGGAGAACCUGCUCUGCAAAGUGAAUGAGGCAGCUCCUGAGAAGCCGCAGGACGACUCGGGCUCCGCGGGGGGUGUCGGCUCCACCUCAGCCAGCGUGAAUCGCUACAUCCUGCAGUUGGCUCAGGAGUACUGCGGAGACUGCAAGAACUCUUUCGAUGAACUCUCCAAAAUCAUUCAGAAAGUCUUUGCUUCGCGUAAAGAGUUGUUGGAAUAUGACCUGCAGCAGAGGGAGGCGGCCACCAAAUCGUCCCGGACCUCCGUGCAGCCCACCUUCACUGCCAGCCAGUACCGCGCCUUAUCCGUGCUGGGCUGCGGCCACACGUCCUCCACCAAGUGCUAUGGCUGCGCCUCAGCUGUCACCGAACACUGCAUCACACUGCUCCGGGCCCUGGCCUCCAACCCAGCCCUGAGGCACAUCCUCGUCUCCCAGGGCCUCAUCCGGGAGCUCUUCGAUUACAAUCUUCGCCGAGGCUCCGCGGCCAUGCGGGAGGAGGUCCGCCAGCUCAUGUGCCUCCUAACUCGAGACAAUCCAGAAGCCACCCAGCAAAUGAACGACCUGAUUAUUGGCAAAGUCUCCACAGCUCUGAAGGGCCACUGGGCCAAUCCCGACCUGGCCAGUGGCCUCCAGUACGAAAUGCUGCUGCUGACAGACUCCAUCUCCAAGGAGGACAGCUGCUGGGAGCUCCGGCUGCGCUGCGCUCUCAGCCUCUUCCUCAUGGCUGUGAACAUCAAGACACCCGUGGUCGUUGAGAAUAUCACGCUCAUGUGCCUGCGGAUCCUGCAGAAGCUGAUCAAACCCCCUGCUCCAACCAGCAAGAAGAACAAGGAUGUUCCCGUGGAGGCCCUCACUACGGUUAAGCCGUACAGCAAUGAGAUCCACGCCCAGGCUCAGCUGUGGCUCAAGAGAGACCCCAAAGCAUCCUAUGAGGCCUGGAAGAAGUGUCUUCCUAUCAGAGGGAUAGAUGGCAAUGGGAAGUCCCCAAGCAAAUCAGAGCUCCACCAUCUCUAUUUGACCGAGAAGUACGUGUGGAGGUGGAAGCAGUUCCUGAGCCGGCGGGGCAAGAGGACCCCCCCCUUGGAUCUCAAAUUGGGCCACAACAACUGGCUGCGGCAAGUCCUCUUUACUCCGGCGACGCAGGCUGCCCGGCAGGCGGCCUGUACCAUUGUGGAAGCUCUAGCCACCAUUCCCAGCCGCAAGCAGCAGGUCCUUGACCUCCUCACCAGUUACCUGGAUGAACUGAGCACGGCCGGCGAGUGUGCCGCUGAGUACUUGGCUCUCUACCAGAAGCUCAUCGCCUCUGCUCACUGGAAGGUCUACCUGGCAGCCCGGGGAGUCCUGCCCUACGUGGGCAACCUCAUCACCAAGGAGAUAGCCCGCCUGCUCGCCCUGGAGGAGGCCUCCCUGAGCACCGACCUGCAGCAGGGCUACGCCCUCAAGAGUCUCACAGGCCUUCUUUCCUCCUUCGUCGAGGUGGAAUCCAUCAAAAGGCACUUUAAGAGCCGCUUGGUGGGCACUGUGCUGAAUGGCUACCUGUGCCUGAGGAAGCUGGUGGUGCAGAGGACCAAGCUGAUCGAUGAGACGCAGGACAUGCUGCUGGAGAUGCUGGAGGACAUGACCACAGGAACAGAAUCGGAAACCAAGGCCUUCAUGGCUGUGUGCAUCGAGACAGCCAAGCGCUACAGCCUGGACGACUACCGAACUCCUGUCUUCAUCUUCGAGAGGCUCUGCAGCAUCAUCUACCCUGAGGAGAAUGAGGUCACUGAGUUCUUUGUGACCCUGGAGAAGGACCCCCAACAAGAAGACUUCUUACAGGGCAGGAUGCCUGGCAACCCUUACAGCAGCAACGAGCCGGGCAUUGGGCCACUUAUGAGGGAUAUAAAGAACAAGAUCUGCCAGGACUGUGACUUGGUGGCUCUCCUGGAGGAUGACAGUGGGAUGGAGCUUCUAGUGAACAACAAAAUCAUUAGUUUGGACCUUCCUGUGGCUGAGGUUUACAAGAAGGUCUGGUGCACCACGAAUGAGGGAGAGCCCAUGAGGAUUGUUUAUCGAAUGCGGGGGCUGCUUGGUGAUGCCACCGAGGAGUUUAUCGAGUCCCUGGACUCCACCACAGAUGAAGAAGAAGAUGAAGAAGAAGUGUAUAAGAUGGCUGGCGUGAUGGCCCAGUGUGGGGGCCUGGAGUGCAUGCUGAACAGGCUGGCAGGGAUCCGAGAUUUCAAGCAGGGACGCCACCUUCUAACAGUGCUCCUGAAAUUGUUCAGUUACUGUGUGAAGGUGAAAGUCAACCGGCAGCAGCUGGUCAAGCUGGAAAUGAACACUUUGAACGUCAUGCUGGGGACGCUAAACUUGGCCCUGGUUGCUGAGCAGGAGAGCAAGGACAGUGGUGGGGCAGCUGUGGCCGAGCAGGUGCUGAGCAUUAUGGAGAUCAUUCUGGAUGAGUCCAAUGCCGAGCCCCUGAGUGAGGACAAGGGCAACCUCCUCCUGACCGGGGACAAAGAUCAGCUCGUGAUGCUCCUGGACCAGAUCAACAGCACCUUCGUGCGCUCCAACCCCAGCGUGCUCCAGGGCCUGCUGCGCAUCAUCCCGUACCUGUCCUUCGGGGAGCUGGAGAAGAUGCAGAUCCUGGUGGAGCGGUUCAAACCCUACUGCAGCUUCGAUAAGUACGAUGAAGACCACAGCGGCGACGAUAAAGUCUUCCUGGACUGCUUCUGUAAAAUAGCAGCCGGCAUCAAGAACAACAGCAACGGGCACCAGCUGAAGGAUCUGAUUCUGCAGAAGGGAAUCACCCAGAAUGCACUUGACUACAUGAAAAAGCACAUUCCCAGUGCCAAGAAUUUGGAUGCUGACAUCUGGAAGAAGUUUUUGUCUCGUCCAGCCCUGCCGUUCAUCUUGAGGCUUCUCCGGGGUUUGGCCAUCCAGCACCCUGCCACCCAGGUUCUGAUUGGAACCGACUCCAUCACAAACCUGCACAAACUGGAGCAGGUGUCCAGUGACGAGGGCAUCGGGACCCUGGCAGAGAACCUGCUGGAGGCGCUGCGGGAGCACCCCGACGUGAACAAGAAGAUCGACGCCGCCCGCAGGGAGACCCGGGCGGAGAAGAAGCGCAUGGCCAUGGCGAUGCGGCAGAAGGCUCUGGGCACCCUGGGCAUGACGACAAAUGAAAAGGGCCAGGUGGUGACCAAGACGGCGCUCCUGAAGCAGAUGGAGGAGCUGAUCGAGGAGCCGGGCCUCACAUGCUGCAUCUGCAGGGAGGGGUACAAGUUCCAGCCCACGAAGGUCCUGGGCAUUUACACCUUCACCAAGCGGGUAGCCUUGGAGGAGAUGGAGAACAAGCCCCGGAAGCAGCAGGGCUACAGCACCGUGUCCCACUUCAACAUCGUGCACUACGACUGCCACCUGGCAGCCGUCAGGUUGGCUCGAGGCCGGGAAGAGUGGGAAAGUGCCGCCCUCCAGAACGCCAACACCAAGUGCAAUGGGCUCCUUCCGGUCUGGGGACCUCACGUCCCUGAAUCAGCUUUUGCCACCUGCUUAGCAAGGCACAACACUUACCUCCAGGAAUGCACAGGCCAGCGGGAGCCCACGUACCAGCUGAACAUCCACGACAUCAAGCUGCUCUUCCUGCGCUUCGCCAUGGAGCAGUCGUUCAGCGCAGACACUGGCGGUGGCGGCCGGGAGAGCAACAUCCACCUGAUCCCAUACAUCGUUCACACUGUGCUUUAUGUCCUGAACACAACCCGAGCAACUUCCCGAGAAGAGAAGAACCUCCAGGGCUUUUUGGAGCAGCCCAAGGAGAAGUGGGUGGAGAGUGCCUUUGAAGUGGACGGGCCCCACUAUUUCACAGUCCUGGCCCUGCACAUCCUGCCCCCCGAGAAGUGGAGAACCACGCGAGUGGAAAUCCUGCGGAGGCUGCUGGUGACCUCUCAGGCCCGGGCAGUGGCUCCGGGAGGAGCCACCAGGCUGACGGACAAGACCGUGAAGGACUACUCUGUGUAUCGCUCUUCCCUCCUCUUCUGGGCCCUCGUCGAUCUCACUUACAACAUGUUCAAGAAGGUGCCCACCAGCAACACCGAGGGAGGCUGGUCCUGCUCUCUGGCGGAGUACAUCCGCCACAACGACAUGCCUAUCUGCGAGGCUGCUGACAAAGCCCUGAAGACCUUCCAGGAGGAGUUCAUGCCGGUGGAGACCUUCUCGGAGUUCCUCGACGUGGCUGGUCUGCUCGCCGAGAUCACCGACCCGGAGAGCUUCCUGAAGGACCUGUUGAACUCAGUCCCCUGACCGCCCCACAGGACCGCUGCUGCCGACCGGAGCUGGCUGGCCUCCCACCCCUUGGGCUCUUCCCUCCUGUGCAUCAACUCCCCACAGGAUGCUGCGUCAUUACUCCCCCCUCCCCUCCCUCACCUUUUCUUGGAGUGGCUUGGGGUUUUUAGGCUUCCUGUUUUAUCUCGUGUGUGUGGUGCACUAGCUAUGAAGUUGUCUGUAACCCGAGCCGUCGAAGGACCUGUACAUACCCAGGAGCCAUGAGCUGUCCUGGCCGACUUAAUACUUGAGUGUGCACAUCUUGAGAAAUAAACGAAUGACUUAAUCCACA